AUGAUGCUGUCGAAUACAACUCGUAGUCUUCUUGUUCGAUUUAGCGAAGAUUAUGCUCAAAUUCAUGGAAGAAUUGUAUUUCCAUUAACAAUACUUGGUAUAUUAACAAGUAUCGUUACAAUAAUAAUAUUAAAUCGAAAAAAUUUUCAAACACCAACAAAUUUAAUUCUUCAACAUGUUGCAUUUUUUGAUACAAUUGUAUUAAUAUCAUAUAAUAUAUAUUCAUUUUAUUUCUAUAUUCUUCAUGAUCCAAAUCCAUUUGUUGGUCAAUCACAAUUUUGGCCACGUUUUGCUAUAUUUCAUUCAAAUAUUGGUUUAACAGCACAUUCAAUUGCAUUAUGGCUUACCUGUCUUCUUGCUAUCAUUCGUUAUACAAUAAUAUCAAAAACAAAACAAAUAUCAGUUAAUUCAACACAUGUGAUGAUAUUAAUAUGGUUGGUUGCUCUUUUAAUAUGUUUAUUAAUGAUACCAAAUUAUUUAGUAUGGACUGUCGUUUGUGUUCCAGCUCAUGUGCUUCUUCCAAAAUCUUAUCCAAUAAAUUCAACUGAAACAGUUUAUUGGGUUAAUACAGCAACAGGUCAAAGUUUAGAAAAAAUUUCAUUUGGAAUCUUAGCAAUAUGUUUAAAAAUAUCUCCUGUUAUUAUAUUAAUUAUAUUUAGUAUACUAUUAAUAUUAAAUAUUCGUCAUGCUCGUCAAAUUCGUGAACGUCUUCGUCAUAAUUAUUCAUCAAUAAAUUCAUCAUCAAAUAUAAAAGUUGAAAUGCGAACAACAACAAUGCUUGUUUUAAUAACAUUAUGUACUGUUUUAGUUGAAUUACCACAAGGUCUUUUACUAAUUGCUAUUGGAAUAGAUAAAAAAUUUUUUCUACUAUAUUCACAAUUGGGAGAUUUUUGGGAUCUAACAUCAAUUAGUUCAUCAUUUAUAACAUUUGUUAUGUAUUGUUCAAUGUCACAACAAUUUCGUUUAGAAAUGAUAUCACUUAUAUUACCAUCAUUUUGUAUUAAAAAAUCGAAUUUAGAAUCAACACAAAAUUCUUUAAUAACAAAAAAAAAUCUCAAACAACUAAAAAGUCAAAAUUGUACAUUAAUUAUGGAAAAAGCAACAAAUAUUCCAGAAGAUCUAUAG